GCGCGGGGAGCCGCCCGGGGGUGCCGCCGCCGCCGCCGAGAGGUGCCGAGACAUGGGAGAACAGCCCAUCUUCACCACCAGAGCCCAUGUCUUCCAAAUUGACCCCAGCACGAAGAAGAACUGGGUUCCUGCAAGCAAGCAGGCUGUUACUGUUUCCUACUUCUAUGACAGCACGAGGAACAGCUAUCGGAUUAUCAGUGUGGAUGGAGCCAAGGUGAUCAUAAACAGCACCAUCACCCCCAACAUGACCUUCACGAAAACGUCGCAGAAGUUCGGGCAGUGGGCAGACAGCAGAGCCAACACCGUGUUCGGGCUGGGCUUCCCCUCCGAGCAGCAGCUGACAAAGUUUGCAGAGAAGUUCCAAGAAGUAAAAGAGGCUGCCAAACUUGCAAGAGACAGAUCUCAAGAGAAAAUUGAGACCUCAAGCAAUCAUUCACAGACCAGCUUUGCAGCCAAGAUGAAAAGGGAGAUGCAGGAGACACCCAGUGUUCGUUUGUGUGUUGUGCUGCAGGAGUCUGGACGUGAAACACCCUCUUCCACUCGAGCUUCAAGUGUGAAUGGCACAGACGACGAGAAGGCAUCACAUGGUGGCCCUGCUGAGGCACAUCUCAAAUCUGAGAAUGAUAAAUUAAAAAUUGCUCUAGCCCAAAGUUCAUCCAACGUGAAGAAGUGGGAGACGGAGCUGCAGUCGCUGCGGGAGAGCAACGCGCGGCUGUCCACAGCCCUGCAGGAGUCUGCGGCCAGCAUCGAGCACUGGAAGAAGCAGUUCUCAGCCUGCAAGGAGGAGAACGACCAGCUGAGGGGCAAGGUAGCAGAACGUGGCACAGGAGAGAUGCCCCUCCAGUCAGCUGGCUCUUUCUUUGGGCUCUCUGCAGCUUUCUGGCUGGGUGUGCUGGCAGAUGGAGUUGUCUUUGCAAGGGAGGUGGAUGGGGAGUUGAGGCAGCUGCUCCCCUCUGCACACAGCGGGCAGGGAGGGAGCAGAGGAACUGCCAUGUCAUGUGAAGUUCCCUACUUUGGGAUUUGGGUGAUUUCGUGUCAGCAGGGCUUGCUGGCUGGGGUGAGAAACCAGAAAGGUUCUAAAAGUGGGGCUGCUGUUGCAUAUCCCUUUCAAAGCUCACUGAAAUACUGCCAGACAUGGAUGAGCAGCGGGCAAGGUUGUGGCCUGGUUAUCCACAGGAGCCCAGCCUGGGAACCAGUCAGUCUUAGAAGCAGAUCCCAGCAGUGUGCAGGGGAACGAGGGUGUGAGUUACUUCCUCAGCACUAACACCUGGCACAUCUCAUCCAGAAACCUGCCAACAGGCAUCAUCAAAAGCUUUUCCCCUUCAUUACUGAGCACAUUUCUCAGUUGUGUAAGAUGGAGGGUUAGCACUGGCUACAGCAGAGAACAGCUCAGAAGUUUAAAACUGUGAAGUCUCUAAGGAGUAGUCAUUAGUACCAUCUCUCAGAUAAUACUGUGCUAUCUGGAACAUCCUCUGUGGGCACGGGGAUCCUGCUUUCCAGGAGCACUGUUUUUGCAGGGAUAUUUUCACCCUAUCCAUCCUUAAUGUUUUUGGAAAAGCUGGGUCCUUUUCCUGCUGCUUAGAUGGAUCACUGGGACAUUUGAAUAGAGAUCAGAUUGAAUCAGUCUGAUGAAGAUAUCUUUUUGUUUAGUGUUUGCUUUUGAAGAGGGAAGGAAUUUCACAUUUAUUUGUGUGUCAGUAGGCUGCAAGUAGUAUUUCAGUGUUGGAGGUGGUUUGGGUUGUUUGUUGACUCUGAAGAUCCUUGUGGCACAACCUUUUAUCUGAGGCAAAUAUUCGCUGCAUAGUCACUUGUGUUUUAUGGGUGCACAGUGGUAACACAGAGAUCAAACCAGAGCUGCAUUAACUGAUGUCACAGUAACAAAUUAAUAUUAGUUGUGACAUGAUUUGGGUUCCUAUAUCCAGUCUCUUGUGGAUAGGGGAGAAGUGAGAGACUGGAAGAGUAUGUUACAGGAAAAUAUCAUAAUUUGCAGGGUGGUUAUUUCCCUUUCUGUACUGUUGCAGGGAAAAGUUGUUCUCAUCAACACAUGCCACAACCCAGUAGCUGUACUAGAGAAGAGAUUAUUAAAACACCACUUGCUGCCUCUUCAAUGUCACCCUGCUGGUGACCAACCAGACUGUGCAGCAAUGCUGUCUUUAUAAUGCCUUUCUCUGCACAGGGAGGUUUUCUAAGGUUUUCCCCCAAGUAGGUUCCUUGCUCAGUGCUCCCAUUGCACCACUGCAGUGCCCUGGGAAGUUCCUUCUCCUUUAUUAAUUGGGUCAGAAUUUUUUGCAUAUCGCUCUACCUUCAAAUGAGGGAAGUUAUAAUCCCAAAGCAACACGAAGCUGAGAAUUAAAGUACAUACUUUAAUGAGCUGGCCCAUUGGCCUGUGGGAGAUGCAUCUCCUGGGAGCUGAGUCCAGGGCUGGCAGCAGGAGGUUUGGAGAGAGCAAAGCACAUCCCUGGGCGAGAGAACAAAGCAGCAGAUAUUGCUCUGAACUGGUUCUCCCCCAAAGUUUUGAUGUUGUGUCCCUCAUACACCAACUAGAAUAAUAAGCAACCCCCAAGAGAUUUCUUCUCCUUGUUGUGUUAAGAAAACCUGUUCCUUGUAGCCUUGUGUUGGCUUCAUAGGAGUGAAGUGCAGAUUUUGUCCCCAGUUCCACUUAUUUUAGCAGCUCAGUAUUUUGUGCAUUCCUGAGUACUUAUAAGAGAGGCUGUAAUAGAGAAUAAAUACAGAUCCAGGGUUUCCUAGUGGAUGUGUAAAUUGACUCUUUUGAAGGAAAGAAGUGAUAAUUUGGUUGCAGUGAAUCAAAUGCUGUGAUUUAGGAAACAGAUCCCAUGUCCAUUUCAUCAGCUGUGUUCUGCCCCAGAUUUUCAGAAAUUUGAAAAAUUUCACCUGAUGUCUGACA